AAUUAAAUAGUGAAUAAAUAAUUAAAUAAAGGAGAGCGUACAAUCAUCUAAAGCACAAACCAAAAAUAAUCUUAUUCUAAUUUCUAGGAGUUUACAAGGGUACAGUCUCACUACCAAUUCUCAAUUUCAAAACAUGGCUGAAAACUCACCGCCGCCGCCGCCGCCGUCAUCGCCUCCUCCAUCAGAAGAACUACCCGACCCCAAAAGGCAGAAAAUGUCAACCACCACCACCACCUCCGACGAAGAAAUUCCACAAAACGGCGACGCAAUUCCCAGAGCCACCAAGUACAAGCGCCGCAAAGUCGCGAUUUUCUUCGCAUACUGCGGCGUCGGCUACCAGGGAAUGCAGAAAAACCCCGGCGCCAAAACAAUCGAGGGCGAUUUCGAGGAAGCCCUCUUUUUCGCCGGAGCGAUUCCCGAGGAUGAGCGGGGUUUGCACAGGCGGUUCGAUUGGGCCCGGUCCGCCCGGACCGACAAGGGCGUCAGCGCCGUGGGGCAAGUGGUGUCGGGCAAAUUCUUCGUCGAUCCGCCCGGUUUUGUUGAGCGGCUGAACUCUCACCUGUCUCCGCAGAUUCGGGUUUUCGGGUACAAGCGCGCGACGCCGUCGUUUAAUGCGAAGAAGUUCUGCGAUCGGCGGAGGUAUGUUUAUUUGGUGCCUGUUUUCGCGCUUGAUCCGUCGUGUCAUCGUGAUAGGGAGAGUGUAAUGGCUAGCGUUGGAUCGGGGAAUGAGCUUGUGAAGUGUGUUGGGUGUUCAGAGAGAGGGAGGAAGGUUUUUGGUGUUAUGGGAAAGCGCACUUUUGGUUCUGGCAUUUCGUCGAACAAUGGGAGUGUGUUAGUGGAAAAUGAAUCUGUAACUGAUGUCUCUGAGCUAAAGUCUAGUGUUGAAAAUGGGAACGGUGAAGCUCCGAAAAUUGAGAAAUUGGAACAGGUUAAUGAAGUUUCAGUCGAUGAGGUUGCAGAAAAAGGGAACGAUAAUGGUGGCAAUUCUCGAAAAUUACACAUCAGCAAUGGAGCUGGAGAUGUUGAGGAUGCUGUGCAAAUCGAGCAAAAGAGCGAGUUCAGUUACGGGGAGGCUGAGAAGGAAAGGUUCAAUAGGAUUCUCAAGUCUUACGAAGGCACACACAACUUUCACAAUUUCACUACCAGAACCAAAGCCGAAGAUCCUGCUGCUAAGCGAUACAUUUUGUCGUUCAACGCCAAAACUGUGCUGAACAUUGAUGGAAUGGAUUUUAUAAAGUGUGAGGUCGUGGGACAAAGCUUCAUGCUUCAUCAGAUAAGGAAGAUGAUCGGUCUUGCUGUUGCGAUCAUGAGGAACUGCAGCCCCGAGUCGUUGAUUGAGAAAUCUUUCGAGCAGAAGGUGAACAUUAACGUGCCCAUGGCGCCUGAGGUCGGACUGUAUUUGGACGAGUGCUUCUUCUCGUCGUAUAAUCAGAAAUGGAAACACACCCAUGAGGAGCUGUCCAUGAAGGAUUAUGCAGAGGAAGCUGAGGACUUCAAAAUGAAAUACAUUUAUUCGCACAUUGCUGCAACCGAGCACAAGUAUGGAGCUGUUGCCGUGUGGCUACAUUCUUUGAACUACCGGAACUAUCCAGACUUGCGCUAUGAAGAUAAGGCGAUCACUCCCUUUCCUGAGGGAAGUAAGGUGGUUGAUGAUUGCCCGAGUUCGGAGGUGGAGAAGGACGAAAAAAUGAAUGUGGAUGAGUGA